AUGCAACCUACGGACCACACAUCUAUUGCUGCAGUAUAUUUCCGAGGAAUUAAGCAACAGCUUGGGUUCCCGGUACCUGUUAGUGCAAGUGAUUCUGAACUUGAAGAGCGCAUCAUUCAGCAUUUAGCUGCUGCUGCUGCGAUGGGAAGGGCUCGUCAGCUUGCCAGGAGGGAAGGUCAGAGGAGUAGGUCUUCUACUCAUGGUCGUCCCCAAUUUUUGGCGUUCUCAAGUAAUCCAAAUCCAACUUCUGCUAAUUCGCCUGCUUUAUCUCCCGCUCAGAGAGGUGGUCCUGGACCACUUCCUGCAGCCAUGAUAGCUAGCCCGAAUUCACCAUUUAUUACCCUUGGAGAAUAUUCUGCACAGCUUGUUACCCCACAAUCUUUCUCCCUAGCUGACCACAUCACUACAGCAUCAGGAUCAGGUGCUGUUGCUAAUCAACUUGGAACUUCCUCGAGCAAUUGGAGGUCUCCUGCUCAGACUUCCUCCAAUAGUCAAGAUAGAGCUGGACCAUCAGAUUUCCAGUCAUUUUCUGAGACUUUGAAAUCUCGACUAAGUGCAUUAUCUGUGAGAUACAAAGAGUCCAUAACAAAGAGCACAAGAGGCUGGAAGGAGAUAUUGUUUACUCGCAACAUUUCAACGCCUGAACCCGGCACUGAAGUUCAUAGAGAGGUUGACUUUGCUCGCAACAUUUCAAUCUGUGACCCUGGCCUUGAAGUUCGUAGAGAGGUUGACCCGGGUACCACGACUGUAUCGCGCAUGAUGGAUUAUCUUGAGAUUUCAGAAGAUAGUAGAACUGACAUGGCUCCAAUAUCAAAUAAUUUAGAUGAUAACUCGACUUCAGAUACAGUGGAAAGCGAGACUGUAUAG